GGAGGCGGUAUGGGACGUUUGGGAAGUUGAGCGAGGUGUUUAGGUUUCUGGAGGGGGGUGAUGGGCGGGCGCAAUCGCAAUCGCAAUCGCAAUCGCAAUCGUAACCGCAGACGUAACCGUGGGCGCGUGCAUGGGCGUGGGCGGUGUUUUUGGUAAUUAUCUGGUUGUGGUUGCUGGAUAGCGUGGUCGAGAGUCUGGGAGGGCUUGCACUUCUUGAGGACUCGUGGCGGUUCCGGUGAGGAUAUUGAGUUUAUAGGUGGAGCACUGCUAAGGGGCUUGUGAUAUGGUGGUUAGUUAAAUUUCCCACACAAUUUCUUUCUUACUAGUUUUCGGUUUUUUUUCUUUUCCAAAUUCAUCUCCAUCAGAAUACUUGUUCCCCAAACCGAUCCAAGCCUGUUCGUCUCCAUGUCUUUGCAUGACCACUUCGGCUCUGAGCGUGAGGCGGAUCUUGUCAAGAAGCUGGGCCGAGAGGUCAGGCCAGAACAAACCGAGAUGUCUGCGGCACUUGGAGAUAAGAAGGCCAAACAGCUCGAUUUGUCCCCUCGAUCCCUAAGCCCAUCAGAGUCCGAGAUCCAACCGUCGGGACCCCGGACUAUUACACAGGCACACGAGGAGGAGACGCUCGAUGAGGAGGCACUCGACAAGUGGGAUACACUCCAGGAGGAGGCAGACGCCAUCUUUGAGAUGCUAUACUCUCUCAAGACAGUCAAUGACGUCCAUCUCUAUACUCUCGACGCGGCACUCGAUCAAAUUACCAGAUUUCACACAAGCAUUGUGAAGGCAGUCCAGCCAGCCUCCUCUUACCGCAAAAAACACCGCGCUGCCGUCCUGCUCAUACAAGUCUUGUCCUGGAUCGUGACAUCCAAUAAAUUGAUAGGACAAGAUCUUCGGGAAUAUGUCCUCGGUCAAAGCGCGGAGGAAGAAUACCGGCAAUGGGUCGACCCGAUGAGUGACGUACUCAGCUGCUGCACGUGGGCGGAACGCCGUCGUAUAUUCAAGAGCCGCCGUUGGCAGUGGGAGUUUGACUUGUUUGUGGGCCUGGUGAUGAACUGUGAACUAUUUGGUGAGAUUUUCGGUUUGCUUGAGGUGGCGGAGGAUAGGGAAGAGAUGUUCGUCUCCCCCCGCCAGAGCGAUCCAGCGCCGGCCCUGCAGUCUGACACGGAGGACGGCACAGUCGAGGACGGCAUGGUCGACGACGCCAUCGCUGUGUUUGAGGAUGGGGAAGAUGAGGAGGAGAUUGUUCCGCUUGCUGGUUCACCAGCCCGGUCCCGGUCGCAGGUGCAAAUGGACGUGGCACAGCCACGUGAAGAGGUGGCGGCCCAGGCUGGCAGGGAAGCAGCCGUUCAGUCUGCCGCGGGAGAAGCAGAACCCAGGAACGGUCAAGGAGAACCGCGGCCUGCUGAGAAGGCAACUGGAAAGAGGAGUCAUGAAGGGGUGGACGCAGGGCAGGGACCAAGAAAGCGUCAGGCCCGUUCUCCUGGACGGGUCUCGGUUCACUUGCACUUUCACGGGACCGUCCAGAAUGUGUACCUGGGCAGCGACUCGAGAUCAUAAAGUAGGUAGGAGGCUGUGGGUCUUGUUUAGCGCGUUGCUCUUCACUUUAUUGUAUCUAUCUGUGCUGUGACUUUUCGGUGGGCGGAUCUUACAUGGGGAUUCGGAGAGUCUCGGGAAACUUCUGUGAGGGAUGUUCUGACGAGAGGCUCGUCCGGAGCCCCCGGGUGGUAGCUCAUAGGUAUCUAGGAACGGAAAGUACGUGCGUGAAACCCCCCAUGGAGGGUCUUUGGCGGGGAGAAAAACGGUAGGCAUGAAUUGUCAUAAGAGGCCAACUGAAGAUGGGGAGCUCCCAAGGGAGCAUGCCAGCUCACAACAGUCUACCGCACCUGCCUCGUCACUGCCAACCUCCAAGUCGCAUUUCAUGUCGCAGGUAAAAGUCGCAAACCAACCUCUGUCAGACCAUCCCGACGAGCGAGACCUCUCCUGUCACCGUGACGACCCUCGACUCCGCCGAGCUCGAGGACAUAAUUUCCGCCCUCCCCAAUUCUCUCCUUCCCACCCUUCUGUUGACUGCUGCCGGGGCCCAUCCCGACAUCGCUAGUCUGAUUCAGGCCCACCCCAACUUCGAGACCCUAUUCAAUGGGAUAGAGACCUUUCGCAGGAUGUUCAAGAGCACGUUGUACCGAAAGGGUCAAAAUGAAGAAGCGGUGUAUCAUGUUCAAGCGGUUGAGAGGGGGUUGUGGUGGAAGAAAAUGAUACGCAUGCUGGAAUUCUUUGAUGACGAGGGACUCGAGCGGCUCUAUGGUAAGAAGAAAACCCUUCCAGACGGGAUCGCCAUUACGUGGAAGGAUGAUAUAAAAUAUAUUAGGAGGGAUUGGAAUUGCGACUACUAUGAUGAGGAUAUUGAGAAAGGCUUGAUUGAGAAUCUCGUGACGGACCUCGCUAGGAUUGAAGGGAGAAGCAAGACAGAGACGCGGAAGGAGCAGAAGGAAUGGAAAGACUGGGAGUAUUGGGAACCCUUGAAGUGGUGGGAAGAGUGGGAAGAGGAUGGGGUGCAUGAGGGGGAAGGAUGAAUGGCAAUGCCAGGUUUGUGUAAGGCGUGGGCAAAUUCGAUGCCCAACGGAAUGGGCCUGAGAGCAUGCCCUCAGGCUGUAAAUCUCAAGUGAGCUUAUCCUACCAUCUCCGUCUUCUCUUCCAAGUGGUACAGAGGGAUUUGUAACAUUUACGCCUGUAUAUGGAGACUGUCAUGUGAAACGAAGGCUUCAAAGAUGGGAGGUACGCCCCCGAC